AUGGCUUCCCACCAGGAUGACUCAGCUCAACUGCAGACCUUGCUCGGUCAGCUCACGGCUGCGGUAGGGGCAUACCGGCCUGGACCCGAACCCGAGGCUUACGCCGCCCGUAUGGACAUCACGGCCAAGGUAAAGGAGAUGCAGCGGCUGAUGAUGGCGCCGGCGGACAUGGCUCUGCACCAUACGGUCAAUAUGUUCGAGCUGGUUGGGAUCCGGACGCUUCGGGAGUACGACGUGCUCAGGGCUAUCCCUGCGCCGCCAGAAUCCAUCAGCCUGGCGGACCUCGCAGCCAAGACCGGGCUACAAGAUUCGCUGCUCGAGAGGAUCGCUCGACUUCUUGUAGGGACCGGCUUCCUGGACAUGACGCCGGACUAUCAGUACCGGCACACCAAGUUCUCUUCGGCGUACUGCCAAGAGCCAGGUCCGGGCAACUUCAUGCAAGCCAUGUUCGAUGAGGGACUGACGCCGCUUACCGGGUUUCACAGUUGGUUAAGGACGUCCGGCAAUGAUGGGCAGGAGCCGGGCGAUUACUACCGUAACCCGUACACAUCGCACCACAAGCAGGACGGGCUCUCGCCGCUGGACAUCAUGGCGCAGUUCCCCAAACGGCUCAAGGAGUUCCAGCUCGGGUUCAUGGCGCAGGAGGACGCGGUGCCCAUCACCGGCUACUAUGACUUCGGGCAGCUCUUCGACCCCGAGAAGGACGGAGACCGCCCUACCGUUGUGGACGUCGGCAGCGGCCAGGGCCAGUCGAUCAAGCAAAUGUUGGAUUCCUUUCCGAACCUCGAGUCGAGGCGCAUGGUGAUGGAAGACCUCCCACCCGUGAUCGAGCUGGCCAAGACAUCCAAGCACGUGCCGUCGGACGUGACGAUGCUGGUGCACAAUUUCCUCGCGCCCCAGCCGGUGGCCGCAACGGGCGCCAAAGCCUACUACCUCCGCCGCAUCAUGCACGACUUCUCGGACGCCAACUGCGUCGUCAUCCUCAAGCACAUCCGGGCUGCCAUGCUGCCGGACUCGCGCGUCCUGCUUGCCGACAUGGUCAUGCCGAAGCGCGUCACCGAGGCGGAUCUCCCUGCCGCGGCCAUUGAUAAUUGUAUGAUGAUCAUGGGUGGCAAGGAACGCACGGCUGAAGGGUUCGAGAAGGUCGUGGCAGAGGCCGGGUUGGAAUUGGUCAGAAUUUGGCGCAGUCGCGAGGAUGGCGCCACGGGAGCGCUCGUAGAGGCCAAGAUGUCGUCCUCGUAG